CUUUUCAACUUGCAGACGGAUUCGUUGGACAAACGUCGGCAAGAGAGGCUUGUGGAAUUAUUGUCGAUAUGAUUAAAUCCAAAAAAAUGGCUGGUCGCGCGUUACUUUUAGCUGGCGCACCUGGAACUGGUAAAACUGCUAUUGCUCUCGCGAUAGCUCAAGAGCUUGGUUCUAAGGUUCCUUUUUGUCCAAUGGUUGGUAGUGAGGUUUAUUCCUCUGAAGUCAAGAAAACUGAAGAGACAAAAGAAGUAUACGAAGGAGAAGUGACAGAACUUUCUCCUGAAGAGAUAGAAAAUCCUUUGGGUGGUUAUGGGAAAACUUUAUCGCAAGUGAUUAUUGGAUUAAAAACUGUUAAAGGAACAAAACAGCUGAAAUUGGAUCCAAGUAUUUAUGAAAGCAUACAAAAAGAGAGGGUUACUGUUGGAGAUGUCAUAUAUAUUGAAGCCAACACUGGUGCUCGGGUCGGUAGAUCUGAUGCUUAUGCUACAGAAUUUGAUUUAGAAGCUGAGGAAUAUGUACCUCUACCAAAAGGGGAAGUCCACAAAAAGAAAGAAGUUGUUCAAGAUGUUACAUUAAAUGAUUUAGAUAUUGCGAAUGCAAGACCUCAGGCAAGCUACAUAAUGUCAAUGAUGGGCCAGUUGUUGAAACCAAAAAAGACCGAAAUCACGGAUAAGUUGCGAAAAGAAAUUAACAAAGUAGUUAAUAAGUAUAUAGAUCAGGGUAUUGCCGAAUUAGUUCCAGGAGUUCUGUUUAUUGACGAGGUACACUUAUUAGAUAUUGAAUGUUUUACAUAUCUCAACAAGGCCUUGGAAUCCACUUUGUCUCCAAUA